GGCGCCAGACAAGUGCCUAUCCUACCGUCUACCCGCUUGCAUUGCCUCUGCAAGAGCUUUGCAGGGAAAAAGAGUGCGUACGUGUUGAAGGCGCAGCUCUUCUAAAGGCUAUCCUCUACCUGGCCUCUCCAAAAGUCGAUACGAUGCAGAUUAUGUGCAAUGGGCGUCCUGAGGCUUUGGGCUUUCCAAUCCCUCUGACGAGAUUGUACUGAUCAGUAAGCUGCAAACACUGCAAUCAUGUGUAUCUCCAUCGGAAGUUGCUGGAGAGCAACUGCUUUGCAAAAAGCGCACGCAAUUGUGCUGCUUCUGUCCCUGUAUGCAGCACCAGGAGAGCUGGGGGAGUCAACGGUUGGUCGCCGAAGGUUAAGCGCCGCAGAGUGGGGGUCCCUCAUCAGCACAGGCUGGUCAGAGACACAUGUCAGGGAGGCUUUGAUAAGCAGGAUCUCGGCUGCUGACAGGACUUCGCCCAGCACCUUAGUCAACCGCGUGCAUCGAGCGCUUGCUCAAGAAACUGCUGACUUGGAAGGGCAGCUGACAUCGUCCUCUGCCAGGUGGCUGUACCUGAUUGGCAGCCACACUAACUCCACCGGAAGAGUGCUUGAGCUGGUAGGACGGAGUGCUCAUCAUUUGUCCGCUCCAGGCCCAGGAGACGUGCAUUGGUUCAUGGCAUAUCUGUCAGGCAAGGAUGCAGAGGUACUGAAACGGGAUGAAGCAGUGGAGCACGUUCAGGCAGUGCCCCAGACCCUGAAAAUUGAGCCAUCUCAUUUGGGCGCCAAGCUACUGGCGCUGCAGGAGUACUCACCAAGCUCUGAGCCUGACUCCCUGCUAGAGCAGCCAGAGACGUUGAAGGUCGUCUUAGUAGAAGGGGCAGUAGCCAGCUUGGAAGAAGCUCAGAGCUGGGCGGGUGCUUGGGAAGAUGCCCUGAGAGGCGCAGCUGUUGCCAGGGACUUCUCUUGUACGCCGGAGGGGGAUCUCGCCUGUAGCGAUGGUGUCCUAGUCUCGUGCUCUGCGGAAGACACGGAUGCGGUUGUCUGCGGACCGGUCUUGGCAUCAAGGUUGGAGUCGGCGGUUAGUUGGCUGGCGGCCAGACCAGAGUCACUGGCUGUUGAGAUUAAGAAGGCGUUCAAGCCACUGAACAAGUGGGCGAAGCAAGUGGUCCAGAGCACCGGCGGUGCCUCCACCCCCAUCUUCUCCUCAGGCCUUCUCGGCCAGGGCGAGGUCAUCGGCCUCGCCGACACCGGCAUUGAGAUGAACCACUGCUUUUUUCUGGACGAGGACCGCCCCACUCCGUUUAACCAAAUCGACCCGCUCCACCGGAAGGUCGUCCAAUACAUCACGUUUGAUGACAACACCGAUGGCGGGGCGGGGGGGCAUGGCACGCACGUUGCGGGAACACUGGCGGGGAACACGUUUGUGGGACUGCAUCCAUAUGCGGGCAUGGCGCCGGGGGCGAAGAUUGCGUUCUUCGAUAUGGGCUACGGUUCCGCCAGCACGCUGGCCGCCCCUGUAUCCCUCCGUCAGAACCUGUUCCCGUUCGCAUUCAAGGCGGGCGCGCGCGUGCAUUCAAAUUCUUGGGGGUCCUCCUUCGAGGGGUACGGAUCGGACGCCCGGGAUGUGGACGAUUACAUGUACAAGAAUCCAGACUUUUUGACGGUGUUUGCGGCGGGGAACGAUGGCGACAAUGGGACGUUCACGAUCUCGAGCCCUGGGAAUGCAAAGAACUGCCUUACGGUGGGGGCGUCCCUCAACGAGCUCGCGGCACUCCAGCAGCAGAACCCCGGGCUCGGCUUCGGGCAGCAGUUAGACCAGGGGACCGUCGCACCGUUCUCCAGCCGGGGCCCCACCACAGACGGGCGCAUCAAGCCGGAUCUGGUGGCGCCGGGGAUGCCCAUCUUUUCGGCGUACGGCCAGCCGGGCGUAACAGCGGCGUCCGACUGUCAGAUGGACGCGCAGCAGGGGACGUCAGUGGCGACGCCCGUGGUUGCCGGAUUGGCCGCGCUGGUGCGGCAGUACUUUCGGGAAGGCUACUACCCCUCAGGUUCCCCUGACCCUGCAUCCAGUCUUGGCCCCAGCGCAGCUUUGGUCAAAGCCGUGCUCAUCCACAGCUGCGUUGCAAUGACCCAGUACCUGGACCCCAGCAGCAACCUGCGACAGCUGGGGACGCCGCCAGACCCGAUCCAAGGCUUCGGGCGACCCGUCCUUGAGACCGUGCUCGCUUUCGCGGCCACGCCGACCGCCGCCCAGCCGAUCGCAACAUACGUUCGAAACGGGGGGGCCGACGGUUCCGUGCUAACAAGAGGACAGGCGCACACCUACAUUGUGACAGUCAGGAGCAGCAAGAAGGCACUAAGGGCAACGAUGGUCUGGACGGAUCCCGCUGCCGCGCCCAACAGCCUGUUCCCCAUGAUCCACGAUCUGGAUCUGAACAUCGUCGAUCCAAACGGGACCACGUGGUUCGCAAACGGCCGCAGCAGCCCCGACACGUCAAACAACGUCGAACAGAUCACAAUCCAAGCUCCUUCGGUAGGUAAUUAUAGUCUAGUCAUAGCAGGAGCCUCAGUAGCCGUAGGCCCGCAGCCUUAUGCAUUGGUUGUUACAGGAGAUUUCGCACCGGUAGGCCCCCCUGUUUUAGGAACGGCAUCGACCAGGAAUAGGGCCAACGCUCAGUUGGACAACGGAGCUUCUGCAUUGCGGAUAGGAGAGAGCAGUGCGUUGUUGGUGUUGAUCGUAACAUUAUGGACAGCCUUAUUCUUCACUGAUUACAAUGCUGAAAGUUGACAUUGAGAUACUUGCGUCGCGCCUGUGAUGCUUCUGUUGCCUCCUAUUUACGUUGGAAAGCAUAGGAUAGUGGUAUGUGAGAAUGCUGAUUAGUACGAUAUGUGACGUUACGACAGGUCUUAAAUCUUAUACAUGGCAUG